AUGCCUGUAUCGUCACAGAAGAUUGGGAACAGGAGAGGAGAGAGAGAGAGAGAGAGAGAGAGAGAGAGAGAGAGAGAGAGAGAGAGAGAGAGAGAGAGAGAGAGAGAGAGAGAGAGAGAGACAGAGGCACAUGAGCCCUCGAGUGAGGGAACAGUUAGCACCCACGGCCCAGAUUUGGACCGCCUUUCCCAUGCCUUCCGGCAGUCGUGA